AUGGCACUUACAACAAACAAGGUUUCCAGCGGUCCUAUCUUGACUAAUAGAACGACACUUUGUAAAUCAAAUGGAGAACAUUAUUUUCCCUCAUCAGCCAGGAUCAACAGAGUACAGUUUUCAAGAGUUAGACUGGAACAUGGACAUCAGAACAAUGGAUUUAUGCUCAAUGAGAGAUCAUCCUUAUUCAAUGACUGGUUUGUUAAUGGAAAACCAGUAGGUUUAAUUUCCAAGACAUCUCCUUUCUCAUGUAAAUCAACCGGAGCAAAUAAUACUGAAGAGAAAGAAUGUGUUACAACUUAUGAAAGACAUGCCGAAGAUGGGAAAAAUGACCGCGCUCAUUCUGUUCGUGGCUUGGCUGAAGCUUAUAGAUUUGCCUGUAACGAUGCAAGGUUUCUCUCGCGGGGCAUAAUGAGGAUGGAUGCGCGUGCACGCCAAGAUGUUGCUUUUCUAGGGACAGAAUUUCUCAAACUUGAUGCUCGGGCAAGAAAGGAUACUGAGAAAAUCGACCGUGGUGUGAAGGAAAAAGCUAAGCGCCUUAAUCGUAUUGCUACUAUCUUGAAGGAUAUAGCUCAGUCCAGAUUGAAAAGUGCUGCCGAUGAGCACUGGAGUGAUGGGGCCUUAGAGGCCGAUUUGCGGCUUGCUGACUUCCGUGCCAAGCAACGUGCCAUGGAAGAUGCCCUUAUGUCCUUGGAGUUGAUCAAAAACAUCCAUGACAUGAUGGUGAGCAAGACGUAUGACUUUCCUAUUUUCAGAGAUAAGGGUUCUCUUUCAGAAAAUAAUGUUGGAGGUCGAAUCAUGCUUGAAAAGAACGGAAAGACGACAAAUUCCUUUCUCGGGGAUGUGACAGCAGAACGGAUUACUGCUCUUCAGGAAGCUUACUGGAGUAUGGCAUCGGCACUUUCUGAAGCAGAUGGAAUUGAUUACACUGAUCCAGAAGAGCUUGAGCUUUUGAUCACAACUCUGAUAGACCUUGAUGCAAUGGAUGGUAAACAAAGUGUAUCUUUAUUGGCAGAGUGUUCUAGCUCCCCUGACGUCGGUACUAGACGAGCUUUAGCCAAGGCACUGGCAUCCGCACCAUCUAUGUGGACUCUUGGAAAUGCAGGGAUGGGGGCAUUACAGAGGCUGGCAGAGGAUAGUAACCCAGCCAUUGCAGCUGCAGCAACAAAAGCUAUUUAUGAACUGAAAAAGCAAUGGGAAAUAGAAGAAGGGGAUAGCUGGAGGUUUAUGAUGGAUGAAAGCACCAAAGAAGAAAAAUGA